GUCACAGCUGUAGUGGCGCUGCUUGGUCUGUCAGCAUUGGCGCUCCUGGCAUGGCCUCGUGCCAGCACCAACUCGUCCUUAGUCGCGUUAUCACACAAGGCGCAAACCUACGAGCCAACAACAUGCUGGUUCUCCACGCUAGCCCCGGUCACGUCCGGUUCGGUUGUUGUGCCGGCACGCCCGCGCAUCAUCCUGUUCGGCGACAGCCUCACGGAGCGCGGGUUUGACCAGCCGGGCGGCUGGGCGGCCUACAUGGCGGCUAACUACACGCGCCGGGCGGACGUGGUGAAUCGCGGCCUGUCUGCCUACAACACGCGCUGGGCGCUGCAGACACUGCCCUAUGUGUUCGACGGACCUAGCGCGGGGCCAACGGCCCGGAGCGGCAGCGCCAGCGCCGGUGCUGCCGCCAGCACGGCGCAUGCGGGCGAGAAGGAGGCGGUCCCGGAGGAGGGGGAGGCGGGCACGCGAGGGCGGCAAGCACAGCACCAGCAGCACCAGUCGCACCCGCACCCGGAGCCGGCGGCCUCCCGGGUGCUGUUCGCAACCAUCCUGUUCGGCGCAAAUGACGCGGUGCUGCCCGAUGCACCAGCCAAGGGGCGUGAGAAGCACGUGCCGGUGGAGGAGUACGGCCGGAACUUGCGGGAGAUGGUGUCGUACGCACGUGCCGCGGGCGUCAGCCGCGUGCUCAUGAUUACCACUCCACCGGUGUGGGCGCCGGGGCGGCGGGACUUCCUGGUGCAGCGCUUCGGCGAGGCGGCCAAGGACUGGCCGCUCGACCGCACCCUGGACACCGUAGCGCCCUACGCCCGCGCAGCGGCGGAGGCGGCGCAGGAGCUGGGAGUGCCGUGCCUGGACCUGUUCAACCUGCUGCAGCAGGAGCCCGACUGGGGUGAGCGGCUGCUGUCGGACGGGCUGCACUUCUCCCCCGCCGGCCAGGCGCGGGUGUGGGAGCUGAUGCAGGGGCUGCUGGUGACCGUGUGGCCGGACAUCAGGCCGGAGGCGCUGCCGCUGCAGUUCCCCGCCUGGGACGCGGUGGACGCCGCCGACCCCCCGGCCAGCUUCGUGGCAGGCAGGGUGAUUCCGCACAAGGUGGCAGCAGCAGCAGCAGCAGCAGGCGUUGCAACUGGAGGAGGGGCAGGGGGAGGCGAGGCGUCCGGGGUGCGGAAAGGGGCGGGCGUGGGGGCGGAUGCCGGGAGAGGCGGCAGCGGUCGGCAGGCGCCAGGAGACUGAGCUGGGCGGUUUGGCUGUGUGAUGGGACAGGGUGUAGGCAGGUUGGCGAGGCCCCAUAGGGUGCAGCUGCCGCCCAUACCCCAAGCAGACGGCAAACAGUUUGCAGGCGCCAGGAGACUGAGCUGGGCGGUUUGGCUGGGCUCGUUUGUUGGUGAAGAAGCACAAGAACGGAAACAUGCAGUUGGAUGUCCUGGUGGAUGCGAGCGGAAUGUGCCGAGGUGAAGGGGACUAGCUCCGUGAUGCAGGUGCUGGUGUGCUGGUUACCGUAGGCGUGACAUGCGAGGUGUGGAAGGAGCUAGCCGGGCGUCAAUGGAAGCGCAGGCGGUGGUGACCACACAAGAGUCACUGGCGCGUGCGCGUGCACAGUGCGGGGAGUGUGUCCGCGUCGCUGGCCGCAUGAAUCCCAGUGAA